AUGGGAAUCGUUACUAUGUGGAUGAUUCUCAAGCAAAAAAUUUCCGAAGAACUCUCCACGCAUGUUACCAAAAUUAAGCAUGAAAUCGCAGAUGAUCUCUUUGCAUGUGGUACUAAGAUCACCAAUGAACUUAACGGAAAAAAUAAUACAACUAUUACUGCGGAAAUCAAAAGAAUUCUUACUGAUGAU